AUUUUGUUGCAAUUCAGACGCAGUUGUUGGAGAGAGGAGUGGCUCAUAUCGUUAUCUUUUUACCCACAAAUGCUUUUCAGGUGUAUGUGUGGGAAUAUACAGCACUGCGCUUCCCUUUUAACAUCAACCGAGGGAUUCUUAACCAUUUCCAUCGUGACCCAGACGAAAGGCUUAAAUAACCAAGCCUGAAGAAGUCGGUCCUCGGCUUCGCGGAGUAUCGUGCGCCGAGGUGAAUUCAUGUUCAGCUCGGCUCCACGACCAAACGACGCCCAUUGGCACCCAACAACAAGCACCCCGACGGGACAAAAGCUGCCAGGACCACGUAGGAGAAGACCACCGAAAAACCUGAGGCCACUUGGAGGCGAGAGACUGAAGGCGACGACGACGAAGAAAGGGGCUCUUUUCCCGGUUGUGGCAACAAAGAGGUGACAUCCAAUUUGGUAGCAUCAUGGGAGGUGGAGGCGGAGAGAGACUCGACAUUCCAGGCCCCCAUCAUGAGCGACCCAAGAAGAAGAAUCAGCUGGGUCGGGCCAAGCCCAGAAAUCGCGACCAGAAUGGUGCAGCAGUAGCCGAAACCACAACAGGGGGCGCCGGCGUCCUCCACCAGCACAGCCACCGCAGGAACGAUAAGGGUGCCGUCUACCACAGGUCUUCAGAGGCCGACAAGAACACGGCCGUCCGAUUUGCCGUUGCCGCCUACGACCAGAACUGGGAGGGGACGGUGUCCCACCUCAACACGCUCCUGAGCGCCCAGGGCAGUCCCAGCUACGCCGGGCCCAAGUUUAGCGAGCCACCCUCGCCCAGUGUGUUGCCUAAGCCCCCUAGUCAUUGGGUGUCCUUCCCCAUUAGGGGGUGUGACAACAGGGAGAUGAUGGCCUUCCAGCUCAAGAGCCUCUUAAAGGUACAGGCUUGAUGGUGCGGCUUUGUUUGAGGGCAUCCACCCACCAGGAACACCUCUGUGCUGUAAUACUCUUUAGAAUGGACCCUUGGGUGAGGAGAUAACAUGAGGCUCAUUUUUUUUAGAUCUAAAUGAUGUGAUAUUACAGUUCUGCUGCCUUGCUGGUUGGUGAUGCCGUCAGAUGAGUCGACUUUAUGGCGGUGACCCGGAUACCCUUUCUUUGCGUUAAGAUGCGUUUUUGUUCUUUUUAUUUUGGCUAUUGAAACAGAUUAGGUGCACUUAUUUUUUCUCUUUUAAGUGCAGUUACCCACCAUCACCUUUUAUAGUCCACUUCUGUGGACACACACUUUAAGUCUCCAUGGUCACAUGUAAGAAUGCAGGUAUUAACAGUCAUAUUUGCACCAUAUUCCAAAAUAAGAGCCUAAUGUUCUUAUUAGGAAAAUUUUAGAUGCUCAAACUGCAAUUCUGCAGGGAAAUCAUGAACAGAUUCUUUUAAUAGAAUAGGUGAAAUAUGGGGUAAGGUCAAAGUUUAAACCUCAACCGACAUGGCACAGGGACCCGAGCCUGUCUGCUCAUGUUUUUUUAUUGCGCUGUGCGCACAUGCACUAUAGAAAGAUAUUUCACAUACAAUGUACAGCAAAAUUAGUCUUUGCAUCAACCCAUCCUCUUGAGCAGUGGGCAGCCAUCAUGUGACACCCGGGGACCAGAUGUGGGUUUUAGGUCAGCAUCUUGGUCAUUGAGCAUUUAUGUGGGUAAAGUGUCUUGCCCAAGGACACAACAGUGACUGGGAUGAAGGAAGCGGAAUUCAAAUUACCUUUUGGUUACUGAAUGCCCGCCUUACCCCGAGCCACGCCGUCCCAUAUCUAUAGGAGCCGAGCUGGUCUGAGGCCCACACACUUAUAAUGGUCCUCUAGUGUUGUUUGCUGGAUGUGUGUGUUACCAAAGCAAAUGUUUUUGACUGGGUUGUCACAGCUUCUUGUAGCACCUCAGUCUUGAAUCAAAACUUGCGCAGCUUUAAAAUGCGGAAGAGGAUCACAGUUUAGAUUUACAUACACUGUGGUCCUGUUGGCUGCACAAGUUUUUUUUAAAGACAAUUGAGGAAGCUGUGUGUGUGAUAAGGCAAGUGUCAGGUUUCUCCUGUGUUUACAAAAAAAGAUGCCAUCAUGAAGUCAGGAGAUGUGCCACUCACUGCCUGUUUAGCCUAUUUUGCACUGCAGGCACUUGUGUUCAUAAGUUACAGGCCACCAUACUGUUGAAUCAACAGAUGCGUAAUAGACUAUCUUCAUUUUUUUAUGUUAAAGUCAUAUCUCAGCAGAUGAGCCAGUUUGUUUGCUUUCCCUGUGCAGAAUUGGAGCUGUUUUAUAGCCAGACUAAAGACGACAAAGCACCGUUGUUGGAUCAUGUCUUUUAGGAGCCAUGUAAAUAACAUGUAUAGAGUUCUUGUAGCAUAUUGUACAUUUGCAGGCCCACUUUGAGGUUUGCCCAACAAAAGUAUUUUUAGUAAUAACACUGAAUGUAUGAGAUGUGCUAAGGACAUGUCUUGACUUCAAUGCUGAAGAAUAUUUUUGUUAAAAAAAAGGAAAAAACUGCCUAAUAGCAUUUGCCAGUACCCCUGCACUGAAAUCUUUCGGGAGAUCUUGCACAUUUUAUAUUAUUUUGUAUGGUAUGCAGUGCAGGGAGAUGUUGCGAUGUGCAAAGAACAUGAACUUGCAUGAAUUAAAUGCGGCAAUUUGAAUAUGGGUAACUUGCUAAUGCACCACUUUGAUUUCUGAAUGGACUUGUAAGCUUUUGAGUUGUUGUGCCUAAGUUGAAGACCCCUUUCAGAAAGUACAUUUGGCCGGAUUUUUUUUUUUUAAUUGCCCUAAUCUGCUGUUCUUCCGCCAGCAGAUUUGUGUUUUCUACGUGUCUGCCAUAAUUGUUCAGUGCAUAGUGGUGCAUUGCCAAGUCUCGUUCAUGCUAAAUUAACUUUAAUAUAAUUGGCUUUCAAUUUGUCCCCACUGACAAUGUCAUCUUAUGUGAAAAAAAUGCCCUCUUAAAAUUUGUAACCAUUGAUUUUAAAAACAAUAUGAAUGUGAUGCACUCUGGAUUUGAGAAACUAAAUUUUACACAAAAGAAAAAAAUAAAAUCCCUUCCCCUUCCCCCUAAA